AACAAUGUAAAACCGUCAGAACGUUACACGUAAUAACAAUAUGAAACGCGCGUGGACAAUACAUUCACAAUCGCUCAAGUGGUAGUUACAGUUACAAGUCUAUAUAGAGGACACUCGCCUCAGAAUCAUGGCCAUUCAUCUUCGACUAUCAGUAUGUUACGUAUUUUAAUUUUAAUUCUCUUCUUACGCCUGUCUUCCUCCACAUUGUCACCGGAAGUAACGUCAUACGCAAGAGUAUCGAGAAACGGACAGGCAGGAAGGAACUCUUACGAUUCUUUCUCGUGGAUCACCAGACCGCUAACGAGAAACAAUACGAACGUGGAGAACGAAAGCAGAAGUAUAAAUGACGUUGUUAUCACGGUAUCACCUGUGUAUAUACCGCCCAGGCCUUCGAAAUUGAAGAAAGGCGAAGCCAUCAAUCAUCCAGUUGCCCCAAGUAGAUAUUCGACACUGGAUCAUGAAAUGAUAGCCAAGUUAGAUGCGAACAAGAAGCGAAUUCAACAGCGGUUUAAUCCACCUGCAAGCUUCGACCGCGACGUCGUUCAGGGAAACGGAAGACCGCAGAAAGGAACAAGUAUAUUGGAUACAGGAAGCUCUCCGAAUAUAAACUCAUCCGUUUUUCUUGGUCCACUCAGCCCUGCUACGUAUGAAUAUAGUCCGAUGGGCCCGGUUCUCGAUGACGAGCCACCGAUGUCCAAACCAGUAAUCAGCAAAUAUCCAUCUACAUCCAUGGAUGAUAAGAUCCCAGAUUCUUACAAACCGAACAACUAUCCCACCAGCGACGAGCACGAAACGGAUUAUUCCAGCUUUGACGUCCCUCCUUCAUACGAUAAUGAUGGCUCGAAACCUGUAAAGUUUGCGAAUCACGAUCACGGCCAUCCGCCUCCAUAUAUCGAAGAUCCAUACGAACACGAUCAUCACGAUUUUCAUCACGAUGUGAUCUACGAUCACAUACCUGAGUAUCACGAGCAUCAUCCCAAACCCACGACGGAGGAGUCGGAAAUGAACGACCAGCGACUCGACAAGAGACCCUACUCGUAUUACUUCAUAGGAAAGAAGCUUUGGUAUAUACCGCUGUAUUUCAGCAUCUAUUUUAUCAUAUACAUAGCGGCGCUCGUAUUGAAGAGUGUCGCUAGACAUAAGAUCAAUUUUCCGGCUCACCUGGCGGAGGCCGUGAAUCAUCGCAAGAGUCGCGAAGCUAGCGAAGAGUGGUGGUAUUUUACCGAAAAAAUACUUGCAGGAAUAGAACGAUUUGCUGAAACAGCUGAGAAAAAUUCUCUGAACAUCGAACACUGAAGUAUCGUUGGAAAAAAAUUCCGAGAAAGGAUCAACGUAUUUUAUUUAAUAAUCGUUAUUCUCAUUCACCGUUCGAUUACUUGUAUUUCGAAUAUUGAUUCGAAUAUUUUUGAGUACAGAUUAUACAAGCAAUUGAAUAUAGAAAUAUCGCUAAAAUAAUUUUUCAUUGAUAAAUAAUUAUUCAAUUGUACAAUAACUAUUCGUAGGAAAAAACAUGCGUGAUGAUUUAAACAUGCAUGAUUUAAAUAUGCGUAAUAUAUAAUAUUUUAAAUAGAACAAUUGCGUUAAUCACAUUAAUGUAUGUAAAAGUU